AGAAAUGGUAGCAGUUUGCAACGAUUGGUCGGGCGUCUGGUAUAUAUAUGACGUCAUAUCCUACAGGCGCUCUCUUUUUGCCGUGAGGUACAGAACUCCAUACGGCGUUGUCUCGUGCUCUCCCACUAACUCGUUGCACAGGGAAAGUGGUCACGAUGUCCGGAGGUCUGGAUGUCCUUCAAAUGAAGGAAGAGGAUGUGUUGAAAUUCCUCGCCGCAACCACGCAUCUGGGAGGUACCAACCUCGACUUCCAGAUGGAACAGUAUGUCUACAAGAGGAAAAGCGAUGGUGUGUACAUCAUCAACCUUAAGAAGACCUGGGAGAAGCUGCUGCUGGCUGCCCGUGCCAUCGUGGCCAUUGAGAACCCAGCCGAUGUCUGCGUCAUCUCCUCCAGGAACACAGGCCAGAGGGCCGUGCUGAAGUUUGCUUCAGCCACCGGCGCCACCACCUUCGCCGGCAGAUUCACCCCCGGUACCUUCACCAAUCAGAUCCAGGCAGCCUUCAGGGAGCCCCGCCUCCUGAUCGUCACAGACCCCCGUGCCGACCACCAGCCGCUGACUGAGGCCUCUUACGUCAACAUCCCCACCAUCGCCCUCUGCAACACCGACUCCCCUCUCAGAUACGUCGACAUCGCCAUUCCAUGCAACAACAAGGGCCCCCACUCUGUUGGUCUGAUGUGGUGGAUGCUGGCCAGGGAGGUGCUGAGGAUGAGGGGCACCAUCUCCAGGGAGCACCCCUGGGAGGUCAUGCCCGAUCUCUACUUCUACAGAGAUCCAGAGGAGAUUGAGAAGGAGGAGCAGGCAGCAGCUGAGAAGGCAGUGGGCAAGGAGGAGUUCCAGGCCGAGUGGACCGCUCCCGUGGCCGACUUUGCCCAGCCAGAGGUGGCUGACUGGUCGGAGGGCGUGCAGGUGCCCUCCGUGCCCAUCCAGCAGUUCCCAGCUGGCAUCGAAGCCCUGAGUGAAGAGUUGACUCUCGCACCAAUGGAUGACGGACAAGAGAUCGCUGCUGCUACUGCUGCCAAGGCUGCACCAGCUGCAGAUGUCUAUGCAGAGGACUGGAGUGCCCAGCCUGCCACCGAGGACUGGUCCGCUGCCCCCACCGCCCAGACCGGAGAUUGGGGUGGUGCCACUUCAUCCGACUGGUCAUAAGCACCAGCAACCACAGUCUUGUACUUUUUUGCAUUUGGGUCAAUAAAACAUGACUGACUGGUUUAUAUAA